CAGGCAAUUCGAGGCAAGAAGAGCGAAGCAAAGCGUUGCCAGUGCCGGGUCUGAGUGUCGAGGUGCCGGGGGCGGCCGGCGCUUAGCUUCGACCGAGACGCGCGUUGAGGAGGCGAGUGAUAAGAGAAAACGGGAUAAAUUGCCGUCGGUCAUUUUACUGUUGCGGACGAAAAAGGAACUGAGUUCCGACGUGUGUCUCGUGUGUUCAGUCAAGUGGCGGCCGUCGGGAGUGCGCAAAAGGCCACCAUUCGUUGGCAGUGGGCCACCGCCGCAAGUCGCGGAAGUGUUGACGGCGACCGAUGAUGGCCGGGAGGUGCCCCGAGUUGUCGAGAGACUAGUGCGUCACCACGGUCGCCACCCUCACCCUCGCCAUGGCGGUGGUGCCGUCGCGGCCGCUGCCGCCGGGCAUCCCCGCGGACUGGGCCGGCGCGCGGAGGCUGUUCGAGGCCGCCACCAAGGGGCUCAAGUGCGGUGACCUAGUGCACGCGCGCCACGCGUCCUGCUCCAAGGCGGCCCUGGACAUGCUGGGCGCUUCCCUGUUGGGCUCCGUCCGGUUCUUCUUCCCGUUCUACGUGGUCCACGCCGCGAUGCACAGCAAGAAGGCGCUGGCGGGCGACAAGGACUUCUACAAGGACAUGGCCGUCUACUACGCGCGCUCCAUCCUCUUCGGCGCCACGAUGGGAACCACCUUCUGCGUGUCGAGCUGCAUCAUGGUGCGGCUGGUGGGAGGUUUCGCGUUCUGGACCGCGCUGCUCGUUCCGGGCUCAAUCUCCGGGCUCUCCAUCGCCGUCGAGCACAUCUACAGACGCCGCAUCGUCAUGAACACGUUUUACAACAUGACGCUGGACUACCUCUACCUGCGAGCGCAAGUCGCGGGGCUGGUGCGCAGGACUGCCGCGGCAGAGACGGCCGCCUUCAUGGCCCUCAACGGCCUGCUCCUGUACCUGCUGCACAAGGCGGGCUCGAAGAAAAGGUCGACGCCCGUUUUCUGGUUUUUUAUUCCCGAUGGAGAAAGAUCAGAUCAAAGUAAUGAACCUAAGAGAAUAUGUCCAGUUCCACACAAGGGGACUUGCUGGGAAUCAGCAGUGCAGGCAACAGCAAAAUAUUCUGCGGUAGCAGCGGCCCUGCAAGCCUUGCGGGUCGUGAUGAACAGAGGAGGCCAGAUUGCAAAGUCUCCUAAUGUUUUUUUCAGUCACUUUCUAUCUAGGAAAACAGCUGCUGGCAUCGCCUCCUUAGGGGGAUACGUCCUCUUGUACAAGGUUGUGCGCUGUGUGCUAGGGGUGCGCCAAGGGGCGGACAUGUGCCACCACAGCGCUGUGGCAGGGCUUAUUGCAGGCUCAGCUUAUUGGCUGCAGCCCAAUACCACAAUCCUCUCCUCAGCUCUUAUUGCAAUUAUCAGAUUGCUGCUAGACUACUUGCCACGGAGAGCUGAGAUAUUAGUUAAAUGGCCUAUGCCAGAGCUUCUAUUUGCUCUUUGCAACGGUAUUUUAAUCCAUGCACGUUGUAUGGAUAUGGCACAUUGUCCAAAGUUUAUUGUUCACAUGCUGGAUACUGCAACUCGGAACAGAUCACAAAUCAUCUAUGAUGCUUACAUGCAACAAGUGAAUAGAAUUCAGUUUCACAAACAAAAUCAUACAUAAAAAAGUUCACAAUGGAAUUUUUCUUUAAAAACUGUGAUAUACUGUGAGAUACUCAAAUUAUGGCUCUUCAAGUUACAAUUUUAUGGAUAAGACAGAUGUUAAAAGUAUAGAGAUGCUAUUGGUUA